GGGGAGCAGAAGGAGUUGUGAGAAGUAACGCACAACUGGCCACCAGAAUAAUUCAUUCCCUCCACCUUCUCUUUAGCACCUCCCACUUCUCUUUUUAUAGCUGCCCUUUCUCUCUGAAAAUCUCAGGUUACUUGACUGGGAGUUCUCAGACCUCCAAUUUCAGUCCUGCCCUCAGCCUCUAGUCGGGAAAAGUCACCCAGCCCAGCAAUUGGAUUGGGCAGCCCGUCUUGACACACCACUGUGCUGAGUGCUUGAGGACGUGUUUCACCAGAUGGUUGGGGUUAGUGUGUGUCAUCACAUUCGAGUGGGGAUUAGGAGCAGGAAGGCUGCCUUGCUGGAGCUGUGUGGUCUUCGGCAAGGGAGAGUUGCAGGCAAGAAAACUACUUUGCUUUUGGAAGAGGAGGCAGAAUUCUUUUUCAGCAGCCACAAGAAAAGCAGUUUUUUCAGGUGCUGACGGCCACCCACCAUCAUCUGAAGCUGAAUUUAGCAAAUGACAUGCAGGUUGUCCAAGACAGAAUAAUUGCAGAAAAUCUUCAAAGGACCCCAACUGCAGAUGUUCUGAAUACCUUUGAAUAUAGAAAUUGAUUAUUCAACCAGGAUACUAAAUUCAAGACUGCCCAGACCUGCGGAAACCAGGAGACUGAGACAUUUUGUCAGUUUGCGACAUUGGACCAAACACAAUGAAGUAUUCUUGCUGUGCUCUGGUGUUGGCUGUCCUGGGCACAGAGCUGCUGGGGAGCCUCUGUUCGACUGUCAGAUCCACGAGGUUCAGGGGACGGAUACAGCAGGAACGUAAAAACAUCCGACCCAACAUUAUCCUUGUGCUCACUGAUGAUCAAGAUGUGGAACUGGGGUCCCUGCAAGUCAUGAACAAAACAAGAAAGAUUAUGGAACAUGGGGGGGCCACCUUCACCAACGCCUUUGUGACCACACCCAUGUGCUGCCCCUCCCGGUCCUCCAUGCUCACCGGAAAGUACGUGCACAACCACAAUGUCUACACCAACAACGAAAACUGCUCUUCUCCCUCAUGGCAGGCGAUGCACGAACCUCGAACAUUUGCUGUGUACCUUAACAACACCGGCUACAGAACAGCCUUUUUUGGAAAAUACCUCAAUGAAUAUAAUGGCAGCUACAUCCCUCCUGGGUGGCGAGAAUGGCUUGGAUUAAUCAAGAAUUCUCGUUUCUAUAAUUACACUGUUUGUCGCAAUGGCAUCAAAGAAAAGCAUGGAUUUGAUUAUGCAAAGGACUACUUCACAGACUUAAUCACUAACGAGAGCAUUAAUUACUUCAAAAUGUCUAAGAGAAUGUAUCCCCAUAGGCCCAUUAUGAUGGUGAUCAGCCACGCUGCGCCCCACGGCCCCGAGGACUCCGCCCCACAGUUUUCAAAACUGUAUCCCAAUGCUUCCCAACACAUAACUCCUAGUUACAACUAUGCACCAAAUAUGGAUAAACACUGGAUUAUGCAGUACACCGGACCCAUGCUGCCCAUCCACAUGGAAUUUACAAAUGUUCUACACCGCAAAAGGCUUCAGACUUUGAUGUCAGUGGAUGAUUCUGUGGAAAGGCUCUAUAAUAUGCUGGUGGAAACAGGGGAGCUGGAGAACACGUACAUCAUUUAUACUGCCGACCACGGUUACCAUAUUGGGCAGUUUGGACUGGUGAAGGGGAAAUCUAUGCCAUAUGACUUUGAUAUCCGAGUGCCUUUCUUUAUUCGUGGUCCAAGUGUAGAACCAGGAUCAGUAGUCCCACAGAUUGUUCUCAACAUUGACCUGGCUCCUACCAUCCUGGAUAUCGCUGGGCUCGACACGCCUCCUGACGUGGACGGCAAGUCUGUCCUCAAACUUCUGGACCUGGAAAAGCCAGGUAACAGGUUUCGAACAAACAAGAAGGCCAAAAUUUGGCGUGAUACAUUCCUCGUGGAAAGAGGAAAAUUUCUACGAAAGAAGGAAGAGUCCAACAAGAAUAUCCAACAGUCAAAUCACUUACCCAAAUAUGAAAGGGUCAAAGAACUGUGCCAGCAGGCCAGGUACCAGACGGCCUGUGAGCAACCCGGGCAGAAGUGGCAGUGCAUUGAGGACACAUCUGGCAAGCUUCGAAUUCACAAGUGUAAAGGCUCCAGUGACCUGCUCGCAGUCCGGCAGAGCACGAGAAACCUCUAUUCUCGCGACUUCCACGACAAGGAUAAAGAGUGCAGUUGUGGGGAGUCUGGUUAUCGUACCAGCAGAAGCCAGCGGAAGAGUCAAAGGCAGUUUCUGAGAAACCAGGGGACUCCAAAGUACAAGCCCAGAUUUGUCCAUACUCGGCAGACACGUUCCUUGUCAGUCGAAUUUGAAGGUGAAAUAUAUGACAUAAACCUUGAAGAGGAAGAAUUGCAAGUGUUGCAGCCCAGAAACAUUGCCAAGCGUCAUGAUGAAGGCCACAAGGCACCAGGUCGCCAGGCGGCCGGCGGAGGCAAUGAAGACUCAGUCCUGGCAGACAGCGGCAACACCGUGGCCCUGCCCACCACUGUGCGAGUGACUCACAAGUGCUUCAUUCUUCCAAAUGAUACAAUCCACUGUGAGAGAGAACUCUAUCAAUCAGCCAGAGCAUGGAAGGACCACAAAGCAUACAUAGAUAAAGAGAUUGAAGCUCUGCAAGAUAAAAUUAAGAAUUUAAGAGAAGUGAGAGGACAUCUGAAGAGAAGAAAGCCUGAGGAAUGUGGCUGUAGUAAGCAGAGUUAUUACAACAAAGAGAAAGGUGUAAAAAAGCAAGAGAAAUUAAAGAGCCAUCUUCACCCAUUCAAGGAAGCUGCUCAAGAGGUAGACAGUAAACUGCAACUUUUCAAGGAGAACCGCAGGAGGAAGAAGGAGAGAAAGGAGAAGAAACGCCAGCGGAAGGGAGAGGAGUGCAGCCUCCCUGGCCUCACCUGCUUCACACACGACAACAACCAUUGGCAGACAGCCCCCUUCUGGAACUUGGGAUCUUUCUGUGCUUGUACGAGUUCUAAUAAUAACACCUACUGGUGUUUACGUACAGUUAAUGAGACACAUAAUUUUCUGUUCUGCGAAUUUGCCACUGGUUUUUUGGAAUAUUUUGAUAUGAAUACAGAUCCUUAUCAGCUUACAAAUACAGUGCAUACAGUAGAACGGGGCAUUUUGAAUCAGUUACAUGUACAACUGAUGGAGCUCAGAAGUUGUCAAGGGUAUAAGCAGUGCAACCCAAGACCUAAGGGCCUUGAAUCUGAGGACAGUUAUGGGAUGGAUGGGAAGGUUAAACUGCCCAGUCUUACUGCAGACAUCAACUGGCAAGGCCUGGAGGAUUUAUACAGUGUAAAUGAAAGCAUCUAUGUGGACAGACAAAACUAUAGACUUAGUCUGGGUGACUGGACUAAUUACUUGAAGGAUGUAGAUAGAGUAUUUGCACUGCUGAACAGUCACCAGGAGCAAAAUCAAACAAAUAAGCCCAAAACUGUUCAGAGGGAUGGGUUCCUGGCUGGAUCUGCUGAGCUCUCUGCACCAGUAGAGAUGGCUUCCGCUGAGUCGGAUGAAGACCCGCGGCAAAGGGUUGGGGAAGCGCCUCACUUGACCUUGCCAGCUGACCUGCGAACCCUGCAUUUGAACCGACCAACAUUCAGUCUAGAGAGUAAACUUGAAUGGAAUAACGACAUUCCAGAAGUUAGUCAUUUGAAUUCUGAACACUGGAGAAAUCAUAAAACUGAAAAGUGGAUGGAUCAUGAAGACAGAAAUCACUUUGAAACCGAUUUCAGUGGCAAUGGCAUGAAUGAGCUGGCGCUCCAGGCCAGCCUCAGGCUGUGGCCUGAUAGGCUGCAGAAAGAACUUCCCCAGGAUGGUGGUCCAGGAAAAGAUGUUUUCCAAGAUCAGCUGUAUCUUCCUGUGCAUUCUGAUGUUGAUACUAUGAUCAGCAUGUCCACCAUGAAGCAGCCUAUUCACUCCAGCAGCAUGGAGAGGACACUGAGCAAGGUGGAAACAAACCACAAAAGGGGUAACUUGCAGCAUCUAGAAGGCAGUGCCUCCUUUCCACUUUCCUCUGAUUAGAUGAAAUCAUUACCCUACCAUGACACAGUAUUUUUGAAACUUUUUAUUAGUAAACUCAUAAAGGUAAUCAUACAACUCACAUUCCAAGCUACCCGAGGGCUACAUGUACAGUGAACCAGUGCACGUGCAAGCCGUCUGCCCCAGGACUCUGUCAAGAAAGGGUGAUUUGUGUUAUUUGUCUGUCUGUUUGUUUGGGGAUACUAUAACAGUAUUAUCUUUUGAAAGUUGUAGGGACACUGCAAAACAAUGUUAUCCAACGAAGAUGGCUAAAAUUGUGCCUUUCUGAGAUUCUAAGACUCCACAUCUUCGGUGCAUCUUUCAACGCACUUUCCCUGGCCUGCAUAAGGUGGUUUUGAUUCCUUUUUAGUCACCGGAAUUCUUCAGUGCCAUCAUUUCUAGUUCAAUGAGUUUGCACUUUGAGAUCAGAAUGCCACAUCUAUCUGAUUAGUCUUAUGUGCUUUACAGCCUUGUCACAAACCCCAAGAUGACACACAGUAUGGGUCACUUGUUGUUAACAUACAUACGCUUUUGCCAGGAAAUAUUGCAUGCGUUUUACCUUGACUUGCUAAAAUUGAUUAGCAGAAAGGCAUGGCCACUGAUGUUGGCAAUAUAAAUAAAUAAAUAAAUAAAAUAAAAACAAAGAUUGCCUGCUCUCUCUGUGCCUGGCCUCAAAGUGAUCAUCUUAUGCUUCAGAGUGCUGAAUUUUUGCUAUUUUCUUAACAGGCUGAAAGGACUGAAGAUUUUUAAUCCUUGUUUUGCUUUCUUGACCUGGCUAAUAAGCUUAAGUGUUGAGAAAAUAUGUUCAGUUUUGAAGUUAUAUAAGGAUUUUUCAAGAAAUAAACUCUUGAAUGUUUCAUAAUUUAAACACCCCAUAUGCAUUGUAUUAUUUUUAAGGCCUUCACCAAGUUCUAAUUUUUUAAAGGCAUAAAUUAAAACUGCUUUUAAAAGUCUAUGUUCUUGACAAUAUUCUUGUUGUGUAUUAGAUUUUUAAGUAGCAGCAAAAGGUAUUUUUUAAAGUCAUAAUUUAAAACUGCUUUUAAAAGUCUAUGUUCUUGACAAUAUUCUUGUGUAUUAGAUUUUUAAGUACCCGCAAAAGGAUUACCUCAUUUAGAGUUAUCAUACCCUAGUCAACAUCGCAAGGAGUUUUUUUCCUAGCUUAACAGUGAUUUUCUUCUAUGUUUAGAGGAUUCAAAUGCAUAGGUAAAUUAUGGUUUCUUUAAGUGUUUAAGAUAAACCUUUUAAAAGGAAAUUUAAUAUGCUAUAGUUGAAUCUUUGAUAGCUUUUAAGUCUUUAUCAUAGACUCUGUACAUAUGUUAAAAUUAACUAGCUCUUUAUCAGAUGUGUGUGUCACCAGCUGAAUGACAGAAGAAACAUAUUUAUGGUCAUGAAUGAUGUACUUUGUAUAAAGGUCUCAAGUUAUUAGAAAGCAUACUGUGUUUUUUUAAUCUUGUGUAAUAUUCUGUGAUACUUUUAUAGAACAAUUCUGGCUUCAUGAAAGUCUAGAAGCAAUAUUUCUUGAAAUAAAAGGUCUUUA